UCACAGUGCUGCUUCACAGACACACAUCACCUCUAUGACCUCAGAAAUGCCCCUGGCAAAGAUGUGGGAGGAAGUCACCUGUUCUGUGUGCCUGGAUCCUAUGGUGGAGCCUGUGAGCAUCGACUGUGGUCAUAGCUUUUGCCAGGAAUGUAUCUCUGAGGUUGGGAAAGAUGGGGGCAGCAUGUGUCCUGUGUGCCGGAAACCCUUUCUGCUCAAGAACCUCAGGCCCAAUCGGCACCUAGCCAAUAUGGUGGAAAACCUUAGACAAAUAGGCCAGGAUGCCAAGAAGGGAACACAGCAGGAACAGUGCGUGGUGCAUGGAGAGAGACUUCACUUGUUCUGUGAGAAAGAUGGGCAGAUCCUUUGCUGGGUGUGCGUCCAAUCCAAGAAACACCGCGACCACACCAUGAUCCCUAUUGAGGAGGCUGCUCAGGUGUACCAGGAGAAGCUCCAAGGGGCAUUAGGAAAACUGAGAAAAGAGCAGGAGUUGGCUGAGAAGUUGGAAGUAGAUCUUGAAAUGCAGAGAGCAGAUUGGAAGAGGAAGGUUGAGACACACAAAUUGAGGAUUCAUGCAGAAUUUGAGCAGCAGAAAAACUUCCUGGCCAAAGAAGAACAGAGGCAGCUGCAAAAGCUGGAGAAGGAUGAGUGGGAACAGCUGAAAAUUUGGGGAGAGAGAGAGGCCGAGCUGGCCCAGCAAAAUCAGGUCCUUCAGGAGCUGAUCUCAGAGCUGGAGUGGAGGAAUCGGGGCUCAGCACUGGAGAUGCUGCAGGAGGUGAGAAUUGUCCUGGAAAGGAUUGAAUCUUGGAACCUGAAGAAGCUGGACAUUGCCUCCCCAGACCUGAAAAGUGCAUUCCAUGUGCCAGGAAUGAAGAAGAUGCUGAGGACGUAUGGAGUGUACAUCACUCUGGAUGGAGACACAGCCAACCCAUGGCUCAUCCUUUCAAAGGAUCGGAGACAAGUGAGGCUUGGAGACACCCAGCAGAAAGUUCCUAAAAAUGAAGAGAGAUUUGAUAAUUACCCCAUGGUCUUGGGUGCCCAGAGCUUCAAUUGUGGAAAACUUUACUGGGAGGUAGAUGUGACAGGAAAGGCAUCCUGGGACCUGGGGGUUUGUAGAAACUCUGUGCAGAGGAAGGGACAUUUUUUGCUCAGUCCUGACAGUGGCUUCUGGACAAUUUGGUUGUGGAAAAAAGAAAAAUAUGAGGCUGGCACCUGCCCCCAGACUCCCCUCUACCUUCAGGUGCCUCCAUGUCAAGUUGGGAUUUUCCUGGACUAUGAGGCUGGCAUUGUCUCCUUCUACAACAUCACUGACCAUGGCUCCCUUAUCUACACCUUCUCUGAAUGCUCAUUUGCUGAGCCUGUGAGGCCCUUCUUCAGUCCUGGUUUCAAUGAUGAAGGAAAAAAUGCAGCCCCUCUGACCCUAUGUCCCCUGAAGAUGGGAUGACUAGAAUCCAUUGACUAUUGAAGGAUCUUUCUUGACACUGUCACCCUUUCCCUAUUGGUGCCCUCGCUCAGCCACAAACUCUGUCUCAGGCUUUAGUAGGGAGAUCACUGAAAGUCAGUGUCAAAUAAUCUUCAACAUCAAUAGUCUCUCCCUAGAUUCCUUUAUGAUUCCCUCCAGUGAAGCAGACUCCUCAUAUAUGGCUAGAACUCCUCUGAAUCAACCAAAACAUGUUUCUGCCAACUUUAUGUGACUUGUUUUGUUUUCUUCUCUAUCUCUAGGCUGUUGCCUGUGGUCAUAUCUCUAUUAUUAUAUCUUUCAUGGUUUGCAAAAGGGCUCCCUAAAAAUAAUUUUGCCUCAGUCUGCCCCAUUCAGUCCUGGUAUCUUAAACUCAAAAUACUUGAGAACUCUAAACAUGAUUAAUGUCGAUAUGUCUUUGACAUUGCACGUGUUAUCCCCUGCCUGGAAUGCCCUACCCACUUUUACAUCUAAACACUCAAGUCAAGAAUAUCUUCUGUAACUCCUCAUAGCAGUCACUGUAGUGGUAGAGGCUAUCUACAGAACUGCUCUCUGCCCAAUGGGAUGUCACCUCCCUACAAUGAAGGAACUCCUGGUUUUGAAAGACAGAAGUGCUCCUGGGUACUAGUAUAGCUCUCUGGACCUCCAUAUCACUGACCUUCACAGACCUGAGACACCUUCUGUCUAUAUUCUCAUGUAGAAAUGUUUGACAACAUCAAAGUUUCUGGAACUUUCUGUGCAUGGAAUGAACAAACUCCUACUCCCUCUGAUAGCCCUGAUUUUUAUAUCAUCCUUCUCCAAAAUGCCCCUUCCUUAAGCAAACUUUUCUAGAAAAAAAUUAAUGUCUCUACUAAGAGAUAGCAGAGAAGGAGGAAGUAUGUAAUGGGUGUGGCUACAUCCCCAAUUAUGAGGAAGGGGUUUUGAGCCUGGAGAAAUGUGUGUCUGUCUGUAUGUUUCCCAAUUCAGUAAGUGAGACUAUAGCGAACUCAGAAGAAAAGGCCCCAUUUGUCUUCCAGAGUCACUACUGCAGAGGAUAAAAUAUCCUCUCAGUCAAGAGAGACUGUGUGGAGGAGAGAAGAGAACAUGGCAGCAAAGAGUGAUCAUAAGGCAUGAGUUUCAUCUCUUUCCUGUCUGUGACCAGGCUACCUCCCCUCAACCUGUUGCCCCAGCCCCACAUUUCCUGUUUGGAUGAUUUGGUGGUAGAAAGAAGAAUGUCAAAGGGUAGGAAAAAGAAAUCCAAAUAAAAUAACCAUCUAAGUCCUUGAGUUCCCACCACUAACAGGUCCUCUCAAGCCUCUUUAGCUCAGGCUUGCGACUUAGGAUCUGGGGUCUCAGGAUGGGCAGACAGAAGAGCAGAGACAGGAGGGGUGUCAAACAUGGCAUCUCUGGGAAGUGAAGGGCCCAGCAUCUGACAGCCUUUGAAGGCAGAGAUCCAGGACAGUGGGCCUAGUUUCUGGAUUCAUAAGAAAGGAAUGGGGCAUAGACUUCCUCUAGAGUGCCCCCAUAAGUGGCACUUUUUUUCCCUUCUUUGUUUUCUCUUAAACUCAGAGCAUCCUCCAUCACUUUCAUUUCCUCUCUCAGUUCUCUCUGAUAGAAAUUAUUCCCCCUGUUCUCACCUUUUCCUUUUCUUCUAAAUUCAGUCUCCAGCCAUCCCACUCAUCUAUACCCACUCUUGCUUUGAAAUGUUUCCCCACCAGUGUGUCCUGUGAUCACCACCACUAUCCAGUACACACACCUUAUUCUCAGUCCACUAUAUUCUUGGCCUUUCCUUUAAUCCAGAUAUCUAAUGGCUACUUGUAGGAAGUCUUAGUGCUGAUCUCUCUGGGUCUCCUGUAGGAAUAGUCCAAGUCUAGUGAGGGAUUGCAGGUGGAAAGGGUUAAGGAAUGGAAAGGGUUGGAGGGAGUGUUGUCUGCCCUGGGGAACAGAAAUCACUUCAGCAUGUGCCUCUGGGGUCUUCUUUAUAAACAAAAUUUCUUCCCUGCCAUAGUUCCUAAAGCCCAUGGAUUGGGGCUAGGGUUCUCCCUACCCACAUCCUGAUCAUGAUGGAGUUGCUUAAAGGGCAUUUUAAAUAUUACAGACCUGUCUUAGUGUAAGGCAUUUUCUCAGAGAUCCAAAAUGGGGCCACAUCCUCUCUUGGCCUUCUUCUGACUCUGCCUUGGGACUGUUUUAGUGGAAAGGAGUGUUCAAUACCUGGCCAGGCCCUAUAGGUGACAAAUCCCACAAACUUCUCCUUGCCUUCUGUCUAUAGGGUCAGCCCAACAACCAGGAGCAGCAGCCAGUUGUACCCCUUGGAGAGAAGGGAUCCUAAAUCCUGUGUCAAUGCUGUCUGAUAACAGUGUAAAUACUGGAGCUUAGUGAUUACAUCUGCUAUGCCUAGACACAAAAGCUGGGAUCCCAGAGGUUCUGAGGAAAUAGUUGUUAAAAUGAAUACCAGGAGUCCAGCUGAAAAUUUCACUUGGGUUAAUGAUGAGAGAAUAUCAUACUUUGGUCUGUGUAAGACUAAAUGUUUACACAGACUCCACUUCUAGAAUUGACCCAUAUACUAUUCUUAUCAAAAAGGCAUUUCCUACCUGUUUACAAGGUGUGUUCAUCUUCCUCUUGCUCCCUACUUGUGUACUCUGAAAGCCGUCAAGUUUCUUUGGAAAUUCAGGAGGAAGAGUUCCAAAUGGGAGCCCAAAUAGUGCCAUACUUGUUUUCUUGAGGAUCUAGCAUAUGUUUAGGGUUUUUAAAGAAAUUUUAUUGACAUAAAUAUGCAUUCAGAAAAGUGUACACAAUGCACAAUCAGUAAUUCUUUUUGUUACAAAAUAGAAUGUAUAUCCAGAACCAGAUUUAAUGGCACCUCAGCAGAACCAAAUGUGCUGCCUUCAACCUACAACCCACAAGGAUAAUCACUACCUUUCAUA